AUGAAAUUCUUGACGACCUGUCAGAGCGUGUUGGACCUUGGAAGUGGCACCGCGCAUUCAUUCAAGGCCGUCGGAUUCUUUUCUCUGUGUGCCAGGAUCCGUUUCACAGUAUAUGGUUUGGCAUCGCCACUCUUGGAGGUUGCGCACAUCGCCCACCCGUUCAAAAUCUUGUUGUUAAAGUUGCUGGAGUACCCGGGUAUGUUGCUUGGUGCUCUUCAGGGUCGAGAUAUAUUCUACUCUGCGCGUGAGCGUCGUGAGCGCCGUCUUCAGCUGGCUGGCGGGGACGCGUUCUCUGCCGCUCCAGGCCGAUCCCGUUUCGACGGUGGUUCGCAGUUCGGAUCGAGCAUUGAGCCGUCGGCAGGCAGGAUCAUCGCCACCCCAAUCACCAUCAGUGGAAUCCCCCCCAACGAUAUCGUUGAGGGAGGGAGACGGGGGGAGGAGGAGGGAGAAGCAAAAGUGAAAUUCUAUUGAGUAGGCGCGCCGGUCCGUGCGGCCCGGCCGGGCGGGCCGUUACAGCAGCAUCAGUCGUGCGACACUUGCCCCCCGCACGCACGGCCUGCAAGCGACGGGCUGCAAUGGAGCGCAUGGCCCAGCAAUGCACGGCCCGGCCGGGAAUUCGGGGGCGUUCUGGGCCCCGCUGGCCCGUGCACAGGGCUGCACGCACGAGGCCAGCUUGGCAGUUGGGCAGGAUGUCGUCGGGGCGUUGGCCCAGCUUCGUGUGCCUCGUCGCCUUCGUACCCCUGACACUCGCGCGAGGGCGGCUCUGCCAGCGGAGCCCUGCGGAAGCAAUCGCCGACCGCCC